AUGAACGAGGAGGAGGCAGCGGCGGACAAUCCCCGGGAGGAUGAACAUAUCGAGGAACACGUGACAGCUCCAGCUGCAGUCAAUGGAACUAGCGUGAAACGAGACAAACAUUCGCAAUCCGUAUUCGAGAAAUACAAUCUAUUCGGAACCGUAUUCCAGCUGCCUCCAAGAUAUGUCGACUUGCAACCUGUUGGAAUGGGGGCAUUUGGGCUCGUCGUAUCUGCAAAGAAUACUGUAACGGGAAUGCAAGUCGCUAUCAAAAAGAUACUCAAGCCUUGCUCUACCGCCGUCCUGGCAAAACGAACUUAUCGAGAACUCAAACUACUCAAGUACAUUCGACAUGAUAAUAUCAUCAGCUUGAGCGACUUGUAUAUAUCACAGACGGAAGAUAUUUAUUUCGUGACUGAAUUAUUGGGAACUGACUUGCAUCGCUUGUUGGUGUCAAGACCUCUCGACAAGCAAUUCAUACAAUACUUUUUAUAUCAAAUGCUGAGGGGGCUCAAGUAUUUGCAUUCAGCUGGUGUACUCCAUAGAGACUUGAAACCCAGCAACAUCCUCAUCAAUGAAAACUGCGAUUUGAAAAUUUGUGAUUUUGGUUUGGCUCGCGUGACUGAAUCUCAAAUGACUGGAUACGUAUCAACACGAUACUAUCGAGCACCUGAAAUCAUGCUGACAUGGCAAAAGUAUGAUGCUCAAGUGGAUAUUUGGAGUGUCGGAUGUAUAUUCGCUGAAAUGUUGGAAGGCAAACCACUUUUCCCUGGUCGCGAUCAUGUGCAUCAAUUCUCAAUCAUCACAGAGUUGUUGGGUACACCUCCUGAUGAUGUGAUUGAGACUAUUUGCAGUGAAAAUACAUUGAAGUUCGUACAAUCAUUACCAAAAAGACCGAAGAUACCAUUCACUGAACGAUUCCCCACUGUCGAACCAGAUGCUCUCGACAUACUAGAAAAGAUGCUCGUCUUUGACCCAAAACAACGCAUCACAGCUGCUCAAGCACUAUCACAUCCAUACCUGGCAAUGUAUCAUGAUCCAUCCGAUGAACCCAUUUCUGAAUUACCAUUCGAUUGGAGUUUUGGUGAAUUGGAUUUACCAGUUACGGAAUGGAAGAAGAGGAUAUGGGAGGAAGGCACUGCGUAUGAAGAUUUUGAUUAA